CCUGUCAGGCUGUUACCACAGUUCAUGCGGAGACAUAGCAAACGGAAGCCAUCUUUGAACGAGAGAAUCUUGAUGCAAUACAUUCGCAUAACUUUACAAUGGUGUCAUUAUCAAGCAUCCUACCGGCACCUACGCAGCGGAUAUUUGACAGAGAUGAAGAAGAAAAGUCAAUCAGAGCACAGAUGCAGGUUGCAUCAGUAAGCAGUCAUCGAACUGCUCCUCCAUAUGGUCAUCGUAAAGGAUGGGUGCCAAGAACACAGGAUGACUUUGGCGAUGGAGGAGCAUUCCCAGAGAUUGGUAUCGCACAGUAUCCUCUGGCUAUGGGUCUGAAGAAAAGCACGUCUAAUGCCCUGGCUGUCUCUCUGGAUGCUACUGGAAAGAUCAAGUAUGAUGCCAUAGCAAGGCAGGGACAUGGGAAAGAUAAGGUGAUACAUUCGCGUCCUCAAGAUUUGCUCCCAAAACCCAUCGAGGAUGAUGACCCCGAGCUUCAGAAACCUGAUGAUGAACAGGUUAUGGAAAACACAGAGAAGACUCGCAUGGCACUUGAAAAACUUGUGUCUGGAAAAAUUUCUGCAGCAAUGCCUGUGAGGCAUGCAGAGAAACAGGCACCAGCUCAAUACAUUAGGUAUACUCCUUCACAGCAGGGAGUGGCUUUCAACUCGGGAGCAAAACAGAGAAUUAUCCGCAUGGUUGAUGUCCAGAGAGACCCCAUGGAACCUCCCAAAUUUAAGUAAAGUAAACAAGAAAUACCACGAGGACCACCAUCACCUCCUGCCCCAGUCUUGCACUCACCUAACAGAAAGGUGACAGUGAAAGAGCAGCAAGAGUGGAAGAUUCCACCAUGCAUUUCAAAUUGGAAGAACAACAGAGGUUACACCAUUCCCUUGGACAAGCGGUUGGCUGCCGAUGGCCGGGGACUUCAAAAUGUACACAUCAAUGAAAACUUUGCUAAGCUGGCAGAAGCCCUCUACAUAGCGGAUAGAAAGGCACGUGAAGCUGUUGAGAUUCGUGCUCAAAUUGAGAAAAAAAUGGCGCAGAAGGAGAAAGAGAAGAGGGAGGAGGGCUUGAGGCUGCUAGCUCAGAAAGCAAGGGAUGAACGUGCUGGCAUCCGCCGAGCUGAAGAGCGAGAUGAAGAAGCAGCUGAGAGGGAUGAAUUGCGGCGUGAACGUGCUAAGGAUAGACAACAUCAGCGCAACCUUGCCAGAGCUGCUCCAGACAAGAGAACCAAGGUGAUGAAAGCCCGAGACAGGGACAUCAGUGAAAAAAUUGCGUUGGGUUUGCCCAACGCUGGUGCUUCUUCUCAGGAAACACAGUUUGACCAGCGACUCUUCAACCAGACCAAGGGUAUGGACAGUGGGUUUGGAGAUGAUGAAGCUUAUAAUGUUUAUGACAAACCUUGGCGGGAAGAGAAUUCUGUGGCAAACAACAUAUAUCGACCAUCCAAAAAGUUGGACAAUGACCUGUAUAGUGACGACUUAGACACUUUGAUGAAAACUAAAAGGUUUGUGCCUGACAAAGAAUUUGAAGGAACAGACCGCAAGAGACGGCGAGAUGGUCCCGUUGAGUUCCUUCGGGAUAUUGAGGAGGACGUUUUUGGAUUGAAUAAGUUCUUCAAGGACGCUAAAGAAGGUCAAAAGCGUCCAGCAGAGGAGUCUGGGCGUUCUGGGAGAGAGUAUGACGGGAAGAGCAGUAAAAAGAGACGGGAGUGAGAUCUUGGGAAAGACAGUUCUUUCAGCAUGAAGUUUUCGUCUUAUAAGCCAGGCUGGGACAUAAAUGUGCUGCAUGGGCAAGAAAUAUUCAGGGGCAAAAUGGGGUGUUGUGCUAUAAGCGGUCAUCAGAUUCAUCCAGCAUGUUUAUGUUGAAGCUGUUUGGACUUGUUUCCAUCUUGUUUUUAAUACAUUUUGAGGAUAUCAUGAUUUCACAGAUUCAGUUUUUUCUGGUCAUGCAUUGACAAAAUGGAAGGUUUGGCAGUCCAGCUCCGUGUGCAUACCUCUGUGUUUGGUGCAUGAUUAAAAGUACAGUAGCUUACUACUGAUGUAAUAUCAGACUGCUCAUUAAAAUCAGUGUUGUCAAU